ACAUCACCCCCAUCAUAUCAUCUAUUAAAAUCAGCUCUUCCUAAUUCAAACAUCUCGAUUACCGCAUCUUCUCAUCGACCUAACUUGUGCGCUCGGAGUCAGAUCCCACCCUGAAGACCCGCCUCGUUCAUUCAAUUGGUCUGUCACAAACCUGUUUCACGCAAUUCUCCAUCUGUCACUCACCAACCACAGUAUCUCCUCCUCUUCUCUCGGCAUCAGACUGGUGUGUGUGCCGACCUUGUUUCAGGCGACGAGCUUUACCCCCGACAAGCCAGCUGUUUUUGCGGCGGUUACAUUUCUAGCAACAAAAAAAAGAAGAAAAGAAAAUACAACGCGUUUCUCGGGCGGUGCAAACAAGCUUUUAAAUUCUACCGUGAUAAGAAAAAAUGAGUCAGGAUGUAAUGGGGUGCUACCCUGCUAUCGUCAGCUAGGCGGAUAAAUUCCUUCAACCAGCUCGCUGCUUCAAUCACUGCGGGUUGACACAAACGUUAGCCGAGGCGUCGUUUGGGUGAGCUAGCGAAAGGCUCGCGGAACAGCCUUCACGCGUAUGUUAGCGAACGUUAGCUAAUGUAGUUUCUAAGCAAACGGCGCAUUGCUGCGGCGUGGAUAGUGCAAUAACGGUCUAUACUGUUAGUUUACCAGCUACAACUACUACUUUUACUCGCGUUAACCAGAUAGCUAACGCCGGGAUACUGUAGAGAUAUCAGCUGGUACGGGUUUGGAUGUCGCGACACUGCAGUUUUGAGCCCCUUUUUGGUGGAUUGAGCAGAUAGAAUUGGACCAAAGUGACAGACGAAAGUAACGAAGGGGGGUUUAUUGUAUCAAGCGGAUAUUAGGGAGUGUAUCAUCCGUGGGAAUUAUUUUAACAGUAGCUGUUUUAAAGCAUCUCAGGAAGGCCCCACCAUCUCCUCGCUCCCGAUUCCCCCCGGUGAUUUGCCGAGAACACCCGGGUGAAGUCGUAGUUGUUCUCGGCUGGGGGGACAACUUGACAGCGAGGCCCCUAGCUAGUCCUCCCCUCCCCCCUAUCCCGUCCAUCCAUCCAUCCAUCCGUCCGUCAAAGCUCGGCAGACAACACCAUCGCCUCCACGCCUGAAACCGAAGCGAGGGCCGGGGGGAUUUUUUGGGGGAGGCUGAGCUGAACCAGUGGGAAGCGUCGCCGGCCGGGUCCCGUGUAAACCGGGCUGCUAAAAAGCAGAGGGGAUGACUCUGGAGUCCAUGAUGGCUUGCUGCCUGAGCGAAGAGGCGAAGGAGUCGAAACGAAUCAAUGCAGAAAUUGACAAACAACUCCGCCGAGACAAGAGAGACUCCAGAAGAGAGCUGAAAUUACUUCUUCUCGGUAUGUGGCACAUCAAUUGUCGAGUUAUCUCUUAUUGUCAUGUCUCGUGUCGUUUUGUGGACUACUAACCAUCUUGGGCCUUCUUGGCAAAUGCUAGCAAAUAUGCUACUAGUUAAGGUUGCUAGCUGGACGCCUAGUUUCAGUCUGAGUAACGUUAUGUCAUGAUAUCCUUCAUACGUGGCUUUUCUUGGAUUUACGUGAUAAAAUUUCUUAGCUUGAUGAUGUUUUCUUCAAUAACUACCAAAUUGGACAUAGUGCCUCUUUUUUCAGUGUUUGCAUUUGCAUUGGUUUGCACGCAAAGCUCAUGGAAGUUUGGUCUAAGAUGUCACCAUUUACAGGCUCCCACAUGUUUGUCAGUCGGCCAGUGUGACAUUAUUGUCAAACAAGGAUGUAACGAACUGUUGCAACUAACGAUUCGAUACAAAAUCGCGAUACUGAGAUCGCGGUUUAAUUUUCUCAGGAUACGAUAACCUUUUAUCUUUCAAGAAGCAAAGAUAUUUAGUGAAGAAAUAGAUUACUCUCUGAUUUAUACCACACUUUAUAAAAAGUAUACAGCGACAACAUCAUGUUUUCUUUCACAUUCUACGCAAAUUAAAAGUUUUGAGGUCUUUCUAGUUCCAAAAAACUUAAAGUGACACUGGUAAUGAUUUACCCAACAUUAUUUAAAUAAAAAACUAAUUAUUAACAUAUAAUGGAUAAAAAUUUACCUUGGAUCAGGAAAAUUUCCUUAAGGCUGUGUCCAAAAUGAAUCACUCAAUCCCUAACCCCUAUAUGGGAUUUCGCUAUAUAGUUGACUAUGUAGUGAACUCAAUCACUAGAGGUUUCGGACACUACAUGGCAUGACGGGAUGCCCACCAACGGUGAGUGACCAUCCAAUGGUCACUACAUUUUGCAAUGCUAUAAGGGAAAUUUUGAGUUGCAUAUAUAGGACAUUGGAAUUGAUCACUGAUGUUUCGGACAACCCUAAAAAUGGCGCUUACCCCCAUGUAGUCACCUAUAUAGGGGUUAAGGAUCCAUUUCGGACACAGCCUUAAACAAUGCUGCAGCCAGUACUCAGAGAUAGCUUUUCGAAACCAGUCCAUGUUCUUAACAAUUGUUUUUGCAACACCCAAACUAAGUCGUCUCUAGCACAUAUAAAGAUUUAGGUCUGUAUUUGCUAUUAGUGAGUACUAACACAACCUGUACCACAGUUUGUCUGUCACAUGUAAAUCAUACACAUAUAAAAGACCAUUACACUCAGCAACAGCUAUAGCUUUCGAACUUGGUCUGUCGAGGAAUGUUUCACAAUCCACUUAACAUCAUACAUUAUUGAUACUUAUGUAUAUUGUAUAUUGCUGUGUAUUGAGUGUAUCUUUAUGUGUUAUUUUGAACUUGUCAAUGCGAUGCCAUUUUGAGUGCCACGUCAUGUUCAUGAUGCUUUUUAUGCGGUUCAUUGGUCUCCUUGCACACUGCUAUCAUCUGGUCUGCAGACUUCUCACUCCACUGCAACAUCCUAGAAAUGAAUGAAGACGGUGCAUUCUCAUCUUCAAAAUCUCGACUAGCCUCUGCCAUGUCUGCAUGCUACCAUUCAGCUACAGAUGCAAAAGAGCUAGUGAGUAGAAGCAAGAGGCCAAAAGCUAAUGGUGCCCUCUACUGUUAAAGAGUUUUGCUAUUCAUAUCUUCGUCUUAUCGAUUCGAUUGUUGUUAAGCUUUUAUGUAUUAAUGUUUUAAAGUAGUGCAAGGUAAUGAUAAAUUCUCAUUGGCAAGCUCAAUAGCCAAUUAGUUGAACAGGAUCAUGCUAUUGGUACUUGACAGAGGAAGAAACAGUAGCACUUUGGGUUGCUCUGCACUGUUGCUUUCAUCAGGUUGCAUAACAUUUCAGCAGCUGGACAUGGCUCCAGAAUCUUUAUCGAGACCUUGCUCGCUUCCUUUUCGUACAUGCAUCAACGUCUCUGAUUUAUUAGCCUGCACACAAUCUACCCUUUCGUAGAUGAAGGAUACAGGGUUUUGCCCCCUCAUCCUGUAGUCUAGCUGAGUAGGUUAGCUAUUUUUAUAGCUGGUGUGUGGGCAGGUGGGAGCUGCUGUUGAAUAAGUUGCUCUGCACUGCAUUGAUUCAUAGUUCUGUGCACAGUAAAAGGAACAAUAGGCCAUCACUGAUGUUCUUUUGUUGCUUUCAGGGACAUGUAUUUGGUGUGCAAGCCUCUUGUAACAGGUAAACAUUUAACUGCAUCUGUAGGCUGAGGCCUGCCAGCACCUGAAACAGCAGAUAAAUGCAAAAGCUACUAAGGAAAAAAAAUAAUUAAGCGUCCAUUUUGAGGACAAUUAGAACUAUCUAGGUUGCAUCCUCAGUUUCAAAACGUUUGCUCCCAUUUCUCGCCCAUCUAAAGCGGCCCUGGAUAUUUGACAUGUGUGUCUACUUUCAUUUCCCUGCUGAAUACCUCAGCUCAGGAAAAUAGGCCACACCACCGCCAUACCGUUAAUGGGACGUAUUCUAUUCUGUCAUACAUUUUAAUCUCCGUUGCAAUCCAUUCCACCUUAAAGCCAAGGUGAGCAUGUUGAAAAGGCUGUUUUUUGUGAUGGUGUGUUUUUUGCACUGCUGUCUUAUGCCUUCUGAUGAUCAUUAAAGGCGUGUGUUUACCCUGUUAUUCCAGGAUAUGUCAAAGUUUAGCUGAUCAUUAACUCUCUGCAGCGUAGCUUAAUGCAUCUGUUGUUUUUGCAUUUCUACGAUUUUGACAGCAGACAAAACACUCUGCAACAUGUGAGGCAUUAAGUAAGCACUGCAAUCAGUCACGGCAUGAGUGGCCCAUCCUGUAUAAGUUAAGACUGUCAGUUGACGCCUGGAUAAGGACGUGUAAGGCAGGAUUAGUGCAGGUCUUAAUAGGCUUGGUUAAACACAUCCGCUGCUCAGACUCUGAGAUGUCACUGACUCCUAUUAUCCCCAGCUAUUAUUCUCAGCCCCAUGGCCUCAGUCAGCAGCCUGCCUCUCUGCACCUCGCUGGAAGAAGGCAACAACUGCCUUUCCCUGAAAAUGUUCCAACAAGUGUGUUUUCGAAAGGGAAAGUGAUAUUGAGCUGCAUAUUGAAAACUAAAUAUUUGUAUUACACCAGCUACCUUGGGAGUGUCAUAUGAAUUGUGUUACAGCUUUUCUGUGCUGUAUAUUGACCCAAGGGCUUCAGCUAUUUUAAACCAAAAUUGAACAUUGUUCCGCUGCAGUGUGCUUUGUCUUCGGUUCGGAAACAUUUGGUGGUACUUGACAUGCAGAUUUCAUGUUCACAUGUUCAGGUCAUAAUCGACGUCACUGCUUUUGGAUUUUGAAAUAUAUCUAAUGACAAAAUUGUUAAAUUGCUUGAAGAAAAUUCCUCUUUUGAGACAAGUCAGCAUGUUCUCUGUAAUACCUGCAAUGCUGCACUCAAAGAGAUGUCCCCUGACCAUUUUAACAUCCUCAUCCUCUCUGAUAGGUUACAUGCAUUAUUGAUAUAUUGAUUUUUCUAGGCCUGAUGUGCCAGUCAUAAGUUGUGUCUAAGCUGUAGCACACCCACCACUAGCUCCAGUUAAUGGCUUUUGCUGUAACGCUAUAACGCUCUACUAAUCUGGAUGUAAACAAGCAAAGACGACAACUUGUAGGCAUGGAGCAGUUUGGAUGAGUUUGGACAUGAAAAAUGCAGAUAUAGUUGUUAACAGUUGGUGUCUGGUGAAACUUGGGUACCAAUCCAAUUUUGUUGAUCUGGUUUCACUCACUGUUUCAAUUUCUUAGUAGGAUUGUCCCGAUUCCAAUCUUGGCUGUCGGAUUGGAGCUGAACUGGGCAUUUUUUAGUUGAUCAAGGGUCAGUAAUUAGUGGUGCCUGUGACUACAAUUUGCAGCAAAUGUGUGAGUAUUUAAGUGCAACCAGUCUUUUUGCUUUACCUACCUGCAUAUGCUUUAAAAAAGUGUAAUUACCUGAGAAUGUUAAACAGGGAACUAAUGUGGAACUUAAACUUGGUUGCAUGAACACACGUGUACAACCAGCCAGAUUACAGCAACAGCAAACCCUCAACAGGUAAAAACAUAUACCAAAAACAAGACAGUUUGUGACAGACAGAAGCGUCUAAACCAAAGCAACAAACUUUUGACUUAAAAAGGAUGAAUAUUGUUGAGAGAGUGGAAAGAAAGUUAUAAAAACAGGUAACUCUGGAGCUUUGGACAACCAGCCCAUCUCUGCUGGUUUGUGUUGCCUGUUGGGGCUUUUGCAUCCUUUUGUAUCUGGACACCUGCAUUUCAGACGCAGCCUUACUGGAACUGUACAGCAAAGCCCAUGGCAUCACACCACCCUCGUUUAGUCCAGUUGAACCGAACCCUGGAGCGUUUACCCCCGGUGAUGCGGUUUGUUUGGGUCGGUGUGAACGCUGACCUCGAACUCUGGUGCAGACCAAAUAAACGAACUCUGGUCCACCAGAAGAGGUGGUCUUGGACCGCUAUCAAGUGAACUCUGGAGCGGUUCAUUUCUGGCGUGAACGUCAUCCACACCAAUCACAGGAAAAGCACCACACACGCCAGCCUGUGGCCGUCUUGUCUGUUUUUUGCAGCACGUCUACUCCGGAAUGUAUUAAUUAAUGCCGCAGUUCGUGCUCGCUGGCUAACGAGCCGUUCAGACGCGCAAUCGACUAGCAUCUUUUGAUACGCGCUCCAGAUGAGUAGCAAAAGCAAAAUCAGCCUACGAUGUUCCAUGACAGGCGAAGACAGCAGAGCGGGGUUUGUAUAAUGACCAAUAACCGAAUGAUAUUCGCUGUCACGUGACUUUCGGUUCCGAUUGAGUUUGUCCUUUUGUGAACGCAAACCGAACCAGUUAAACAGUCAAAACAAAUGUAUCGUCUUGCCUCGGAUUCGAAUCAGGAAAUGGACCUUUAGGUGUGAACACGACCUCACAGCCUCUUGCUUUACAACAGUCAGUCGGAGCUCUAACACCUUACUCACUGCAAGGAUUCCUCCUUUUUCAAAUUUAGGCGUGCGGUACUGGAUGCACUCCGCUUCGUUAGGUCUUACACAGCAAAGGAAAGCAUGUAAAGCAGAUAGUGUUUAAUUUUAACAACAGUGCUAGCUGGACUGGAAUAACUAAGCUGAGAACAUCGUUCAAGUUAUUUUACGUAUUUAGCAAAAAAACAAACACGAAAUGGUGUAAACAUCAUAGAUCAGUCUUUGAGUAAAAGAGAUAAAGUGCAAAAAAGCAAAAUUGCACCAUAAAGUUAGUAGAAAUUUAAAGCUCUGGAUGCAACAGUCGAAGUUCAGUGUGCAGUUUUGCUUGAGAAAACAACUUGGUGUCGUCACAUCGUUCAUUGAACAUGUGGGUUGGGGUUUUUUAAAAGAGUAACUGUCAUUCGUGUCUUUGCAUUUCCUUAAACCAAGUGUUUUUCUCACACUAAUUCAGGUCCACCCUCCCUCCGUUUCCUUCUCCCGUCUUGGCAGGGUUUACUACAUGGCCAGGGUGCAUUGCCAAAAUAGCGAGGAAGCGGUGGUGAGGUUCAGUUUCUUUUCGAGCCAGACACAAGCAUGAAGUUUCCGGACUGAGAAUACGGUGGUGAAGAAUGUGAGGGUUGGUUUUGUAGGUAAAAAGCAAGAACAUAUUCAAGCUUAUCCACUCGGUCAGAAAAGAAGGAGUCUGCCAGGGCUGCAGCAGUGCCCACAGUCUGGCUGCCUGUCACUGAGAGCCAUAUCAGGCCAUACCGCCAGCUUCCUGCUCCACAGAUCAGUGGUUUGCCUCUACUUGGUCAAAACACAGCGGGCUGCGAGCUGUGGCCUCUGCUGCUUCGGGUAAAUGAACUGCUGGAGCGAGAGAACGGUCAGUAAAGUGAGAUGGAAGGGCAAAUGCUUUAGGGUUUCUCAAAGUGCUGAUCUAGGCAAACUGUCCGGGCACCAGUUGGCAUCAACCUUUCCUGAAAAUGUGGGUUUCGGGUGAAAUAUGAAGAACAGAAUGUCUGGGUUUUUUAGUGAAAACAUCCCCGGAGUGACGUCAGACAAGGCAUUUUUGGUCAACGGAGAAUUUGUAAAGCGCUGGGUUUAAGAGAGGAGACUCACUGGGGCAAAAAGUUGGCUCUACCGCCAGAAAGUUGUAGACGGCUCCUUCGCACAUGAUCCCAGGCGAAAGUUUAAUGCACGGUCAUUUGCAAAGUCUCCAUUGAUCGAAGCGCUCCGGUUGAUCCUCCCUGUCUCAGCAGUACGUUUUGUUACCAGGUUAAGACAUCCUCCAGAGAUUGAACCAGGAAGAGGAUCAGGGGUUAGGCUCAGAUGUUUAUUGCUGACCUUACUUCUCUUGCCAAGCCUUCUUAUUUUGAUCAUAUAUGGCAAUAGGGAUCUUCUUGCUCUACUCCUCAGUGGUUGUGCGCGUGUGUGUGUGUGUGUCAGCGUGUGUGUGUGUGUGUUAACACGGUACGUUUAAUACCAGUGAAUGUGGAGCUAUGCGGAUGGUCAGGUAUUACUGAAAUCCUCUUUAUCAUGGUCAGAUCGAGCAGUUUUUAAUAUGGAAAUCUUUAUGAGACCGGCUUUUGCAAUAUUUGAGGACUAUGUAAGGCAGAUAUUGAAACGCAGGUUGAUGUAGUUUGCUACUUGAAUAAACAUGAAAAAAAAAAACAUUUUUGAUAAAGUUUUAUUAAACAAGGUCACCAAAGAGCUGUGGCUCAGAUUUGUCACGCAGUAGAUAUAUGGACUUGUCUCCUGCGGACAGGCUGUUUUAAUGAAAGCAUAGUGCCUCAUGUUUCCUGUUGUUAUAUCAGAUAAUAUGAUUAUCAAGUUGGCUCUCUAUACCCAGAAUUUUGUAUACGCGGAAUAGGAAUCGCAGGGUAACUGACUAUACAAUACACCCUUUUAGGGGCCGACGUCAGGACAAUAUCACAGAACUAGCUCGAGGCAAACAUGAAUUGCCACCACUGUAUAGUUGGCGACAUAAAAGCCUUUAGAUGUUGUGUUAUUGUGUUGUUUGGUGUCUUAAUAGAAAGAGUAACUUAUCCUUAAAUUCUACAUUUUUAAAAAAAAACUUUGUAGGUAUUUUUUUUUCCAGUGAUGUUGACAGCAGAACUCGAAGGGGUGUAAAUCAAGAGACGGAGCAACUUUCAGCCACUUGCAGUCAGAAGUAGGAUUAGAUAUUGUAAGAAGGAGCUUGGAUGCGUGAUAGGGGUGGGAGAAAAAUUGAUUCAUAUUAGUAUUGCAGUUUUUUGUUUUACAAUUUUUAAAUCGAUUUUUAUGCUCAAAAAUCGUUUUUUUUUUUUCAAAUUUAAGAAUACAGGUCCUUUCACACCGGGACCAUUUUUGUCGUGCGAUUAUUUCGGACGUCAAUAUGUUUUUUCGAACUCGUAUCCUGUCAAUACAAGCGUUCACAUCGUUUUCUCAUAUGACGAUGCUAUGUGUGCUUGAACGGUUUGCGAAACGUCUUUGUUUUAACUUUCACCUGUGCUAACGUAAGCUAACGGUUGUUAGUUUCAUGUGCUUCUCUGGUACUGGCCCCGACUGGGUACAUGCUAGGAGUAUGUAGCAUGCUACAUACAUAUAUUCGGGACGCUGUAGGAUGGGAAGGGAAGGUCCUGCCCUCUUUCGCCUCUGAUUAGUUACAAGUGCUGACUGUUCGGCUUGAAUGUGUGGUGACGUCACCAGCUUUUCUAGCCAAUCAGAGGCGAGGGAGACGAGACGUUCCCCGGGAUGCAUCUUUUUUCCUCCCAGAAAGUCGCAAAAUCACAUCGGGCUUGAUGUGUAUAGUCAGGGGCGUCAAAAUUCACCUCUGAAAUAUUUCGUAAUUUCACGUUCUGUAUUCGCAUCAGCCCCGGUGUGUAAGUACCUUUUAAUCUUAAAAACUGACUUACACGUGAUGUGUAUUUUUUGGGGAAAUAUGGUUCCUGGAACAGUAAGUAAACAAUCAUAAUCAUUCAGCUGUUUCACUGGUGUUAAAAAUGCAGAGUAAAAAAUCGACAAUAUCGUAGGAUCGCAAUUCAAAUCGAAUUGGCGUCCAAAAGAUCAAUUGGGAGAAAAGCAUAUCGUCCCAGCCCUAAUGCAUGAUAAUGUUCCGUACUGCUAAACGAUAAAAAGAAAAAUAAAUGAGCUUUAUCUCAGAUAUUAUGGGAAACAAAGAACAGCAGACAGGCAUUAUAACUCCAAUCCAAAUGGAAUCCAAGAGCAUUGUUCGUUCCCACUGCUAACCUGGCAUUAGUUAAUCUGGAGGUAGUAGAAAGCUAAAUUAGGCGUCAUCUGACUGAAUCAGACUGGCCGAAAUACCGAGGCCUCCACCCAACAGGUAAAUUGUAACCAUCUUGACUGAGAAAGCAUGAUUUUUUGUAUAUUUAAUUAAAUUUAGACUCAAGUGUUUAUUGCAAAUGCUCGUAGCAGUGAAAUUGCAUGAAAGUUGUGUUUUUAAUGACUAGAACUCUUGACUUAUGUCGAGUUGUGCCCUAAAAUAAGAGCUCAUUAUGAACCAAUCUGCCAUGUUUGUGUUUAUUGCAGACAUGUCUUUCAUUGUAAUGACCACUGGCCCUCAGGAUUAGUUAUAAGAAUAUUACAGCUCUUUAUUUGAUCCUAAGUCUCUUUCAGUAAUUCAUUAAUCCUGUGAGUAAGUGCAGUAACACUCCGAUACAAAGCCACUGCCUCCGUCUCUCCCUCUGCUAGUUUUCACAAAAUGUUCAGGCAUUCGACCUGACCUCAGCCAGCCUUGCACACACUCACACACUCGCACACACACACUUGGUCUCCCUCUACGACAUGGUGUCUUUUACACAGUUUCUGCACAGAUGAACACACACACACACACAGGUUUUUAAAUGGGGUCAUGGCUGCUUCUCUGGGGAUACGGGGGUGAAUGAGGCUGGAUGUUUGACUGUCCCACAUACUGCUGCUACUGCCGCUGCCCCGCUCCCCAGACAGGACCGGGGACCUGGCCCGCCUCUGUGUUCGCUGCCAGUUAUCUUCAGCUCGCUCUGUGCUGACAGGGUGGCAUGUUCAUUCCUGCUUACUCCCACCAGCUGCUGUGUACAGUAAAGCCCACACGUCUCUGUGAUCGUACCGUUUCAACUUCCGCCACUUCAUCUUUCAAUUUCGAGUUGGACUGAGAAUCACAGACUGCGCCUAGAUGAGCGUUUUUUGUUGUUGUUGUUGUUGUUGUCGAGGAUGUUGGAUUCACAGUGCGGUUGUGAAUUAUAGUGUGAUUUUGUGUAACCCUUAUGUUGGUACAAUUAAAAAUCACUGCACCAGAGAUUUUAAUAACGGGGUUUUGCCCAUGUGUGGACACAAAGAGAUGUUAUCUCACACAAUCCACAUGAUGAGGUUUCCUAAAAUACGAGCCAUGGCUGAAGAAAUAAUGUCAACAUCUUAGGAUUUAUCUGUUUUUAGUUCUUAGCUGCUGAAUACUCUGUAUGUGUGUGCAAGUGUGUAUAAGUGUGUGUGUUGCAGACUAAAACCUUUUUGUAAAGCCUGCAUUUGAUUUUUCGUUUUCGCUCACCCACACCCACUCGACCAGUACAGCACUCAGCGCACACUCGCUGGUGAACAGACAAAACCGUCCUAAGGUGGUCAGAUGAAGGUUUUUGCGAGUGUGUCUAUGCAAUGUGCAGUGCACGCCGCGGUGUGUCUUUUUUCGGUUUACAGCGCUGACUCCCACGCACGUGCAGCACUCCGCAGAUGCAGAGAGACAUCAGCACAAAGCAGCAGUGCUCGCUGUGCCCAGAUCCUGACAGCAGAAAUACAUGCUGGAAAUCUGCACCAGCGCUGAAAGAGACAUCUUUCCGCUGUCUUUGUGAUUGUGUGUGAUCCUGUCUUACAUAGCCAGGUUGAAGCAUAAAAAAGAGAAGAAAAUGAGCCGCCACAGAAAAGGUAACAUCCAUGCCUGAAGGUUGACCACAGGAUCUGUUUGAGUCCUCAGUCGGUUAGGCAGCUGGUGUGUGUGUUGUGUAGCUCCAGGCUGCCUUGGCUCAAUCUCUUCCUUUUGUGCGUGUUAAAAGAGGCCACUUUCCAAGAUGAAUUCAGUACAAGAUUGAGGACCACGCUACAUUUCACUCAGUCCUUGUGACUGCCUGAUACAUACAGUAUCUUUUCAGCGUUGCCGGUUGUGCCAGUGGUGAGGUUUUGAGUCCAACCACUUCUUUGUUUGAUGCAAAUGUCCUCUUGUUUGCUGCGAUCGGAUUGCCGUGCACUUCCUGAAAAGACGGCUCAUAACUCUAGAUAAGCUGACCACUAAUCACUUAAUAACUUUAUGUGUGUUUUUGCAUGUGGGUUACCAUGCUAGUGUCCUCACGUCUCGUUCAUAGAAAGCUGCACCAGGCAUUGGACAGUGGGGCGAAGGUUAGCUUGCAUAUAAGGUGGUCCUUUUUCUGCUAGUGCUUACAUCAGAGGAUACGAGCAGACAGACAGGCAGGCCCUCCACACACACGUGAGCAUAACCUGAUAAAGUGACGACCCAGGCUCCGCCAAAACUGCUUCACAAAGUCCGUCAGGUGUUGCUGUGUCAGGGGCUGAUUUCACUCACGUUAUGUAAAGGCUUAUGAAAGCUAGCUUGGCAACGAAGCACACAGGUGAAGCGUUUGGCAUGCGUGCACGACGGAUAGGCGUUACUAUUUUCAUUUCACUUCUUAAUUUGGCCACUUGGAACGAGUUUUUAAUGCUCUCCUCAUUGUUGUCAGGUUACCCCCGAUUGAGACCGUUCCAAGAAACACAUUGGCUCCACAGAAGAGCAGCAUGUCGGCGUGUGGGCUGCGUAGUGUGCCUCGGACUGUUACAUUUGGGGCACAAUCUAAGCUCCCGUGUCUUUCUUUCUUUCUUUCUCUCUCAUGCUCGUUGCUACCUGGAACGGAAAGCGUUAUCAAACCCAAGUAGCGUGCGAGCUAUUAAAAGGUGGCCUCCUUUUUCUAGGUCAUUACCAAAAAAGAAUGGAUGGAUUCUAGUUAUGAAUAUCCAAAAUUCUUGACAGAGAGGGAUGAGAAUGGAGAGGCAUAUUUCCAGCCUGAGGGAAGUUAGGAGGGGUUGUGACGAAGGGGAAGGAGGGGAGCGAGAGAGGGCGUAUUUGUGGUGGGGGUGGGGGUGGGGGCUCGCACACGGUUAUGAAUGGUGCUGGUACAAUCUGAGGAGGAAGAAGGGGAAGACAGAGGCUCGUAGUGUGCUGUCUGGGGUAAGAGGGACAAGACAGUUAAGAGAACACAGCAGAGGGAGAUCUUGUGACGGGGGUCACGAGAAAUAAAUCAGACAUCAAGCUGGAGAGUGAUUCUCUUUCUCCUUUUGCUGCUGCUGCUGAGGCUGCUGAAGCCCUCCACAAAGAAUAUGCUCUCUGUUUGACUUCUUUUGUUCCUUUCGCAAAUGCAGUUUUUUGCUAAACUAUAAAGACGCUCUUUACAUUUCCCUAAAUGAGGUAUUUAGUUGCAGGAGAAGAUAGACGUGUGAGGCUGAAACCCUCUUUUUGUCAUUUUAAGAGUAACACCUUAAUUCCUGCUUUCCCCCUCCACUAACCUAAGACUGGCUUUUUUUUUUUUUUUUUUUUUUUUCUCACCCCUCCUCAUCACCCAAGACUCUGUGGAGCCAAGACCCUUCUUUCUCUGUGGUACGCCAAAAAGAUGAAGAUCACAGAGCGAGCCUGAGGGACUCGCAGUUAUAUUUACUGUCUGCUACGAAAGAGAGAAGAGGAGAGAGAAAGGGCGGAAGGGAGGGGUAUAAAAAAAGAAAAAAAAAGGAAAAAAACACAGGAACGGAAAAAAAAAGAGAGGGAGACAGAGGAGGGGUUGCUAUGGUGACAGAAAUAUGGCUGCUCUUCAAAAACCUUGAAUGUAGGUGGUGGUGAGAUGAGUGUAUGUGUGUGUUUUUUUUUUUCCUCCUCGUCUUUCCCUUUCAGUUUUGCAGAUAUUAUGGAUGUGCUGGAUCCUUUUUGAUUUCACCGAGGACUGAAAUGCCAUCAGCCUUUCUCUCUCUCUCUCUUUUUUUUUUAUUUUUUAUUUUUUUUUUCAGGCCUGAGGGUGGUGUUUCUGGGCAUGUAGACCAUAGUAUGAAAUGUGGGUUAGACCCACCAGACCCCCCUCCCCAAACCCUCCAGCAAAUGAGAGUUGAUUUGGCAGUGGGUUUUCGGUCUUGAGAGAGAGCUUAAGACGUGUGUUUUUACCCUGUGUGCGGAGACUGUGAUUUUUCCACUCAAAUCAAGCAGCUACUCGUGAAAAGAAGCAGAAAAAGUGUUCCAAAGUGUGCACCUAUAAUCCAGAGCCUUUUCCUGGUGUUCCUUACCAUAUGUGUAAAUCUGGAAAGCUGCCAUCGCUUGAAAUAUUGCGAUGAUCUUACAGCCAGAUAUGGACUCAGGAGGGCAGAGGAGGAUCACUGAAGGAAUGCAGCCUUUUUGACAACGACCCCUGCCGUCACCUUUCAGCUGAGGCAGUUCACUGUGAGAUCCUGAAUGUAGGACAAGUUCUCUUAAUCAUCUUCAUUAAAUUAGCACCCCCCUCCUCCUCCUUCCACUCAUCUCUCCUCUUUUCCCUGGAAACAUUUUUGAUUCCCUCGCCUUCGAAACUGUGAGAUAACAACCUGCAGCAGACAAAGAAGCGUUUGACAUACUACUAUUGGUAACCAGUUGAGUUGAUAAAACUUGUAAUUCCAGCAGAAGAGCUCCGUAAUCCAAUAAAACGGACUUACAUGAGCAUCCAUGUUAAUGGAUUUUUGAGGGAUGUGUCAGACCAUGACUUUGGCGUAAUUUUGCCUUUUUAAUUAACGAACAGAAACUUCUAAUUAAAUGUCAGGUUCACCAAAGCAGACGGGUGCAUGUUCUUGGAAAGUUUGAGUCCUCUUUAGUCUGUGGUGGAGCGUCACAGAUUUUGGCUCCAUGUCAUGGUCUUGGCACAGAUGAGGAGCCCCCGUUUCAAAAGAAGUUAUCCACUAAUUGGAGAGGACAGGGGACCGGUGCCCACUAGGAGAUUGCAUCAUAAAAUCUUGGUGCUAAGUCAGUAGUGGUUUGAAAUAAUAAAAAUGCACUUUUACCAUGACACUGUCCAUCCAGUGAUUAGCUGCAUUGAAUAGUCCAGAGGUAUAAAUGGGAUUAGAGCAACACGCAGUGCACUAUAAAACUUGAUAUAAGAAGAAAACCUAAAGAUGUGUGUCCCUCUGAAUGGUUUAAAUGAAAUAUGUGAAAGAGCUGUAGAGAAGUUUCUUCUUGCUGCAAAGGUGCUUGUUCGGACUGUAGCAUAUCAUCUGAACUCUGAACUUAUUCUGUGAUUCAGUAUUUGGUCUGGAACGUGGAGUUGUAUGAAGGCUGUGUCUAGUUGAACCGGCAUAAAACCACGACUCCUAACUGCAUUAUUCCCGUUUGUUAGUCUGACUAUGAGAAGUUUGAUGUUGUGCUGUUUCAAUCAGUGUUUACAUUAGGGGUGGGAAUCACCAGUGGCCCCACGAUACGAUAUUAUCACGAUACUUGGGCCACGAUACAAUAUUAUUGUGAUUUUGCGACAAUGUACAAUACAGUAAGUAUUGUGAUACAAUACAUUGCAGUUUAUACAACUUUUUCAACUGUUUAGCUAAUCCAGCAUUUGUCUUUCCUUUAUGUUUGUCUUAUUAACACUUUAUUUUAUUUGCAGGUAGCACAUCUUGUAAACCUUAUAUUUGUUGUACUCAUGCUGCGUUCCGAUUACCGAUUAAUCAGCUGAUUUUUAAUUUUUUUUUAUGAAGUUCUAAAAAAUAUAUAUAUACUGUAGGCUACUGCUUUUCACACCGACAGGAAGACUGACUGAUCAAACUUGGACCAGAAAAGCGUUUUCAACCACCCCCUGCGCCAAUCAGUGCCGCCGUGUCUUAACUCACGUUACACGUGCAACUGCCUCAGUGAGAGAAGUAGCUUGAUCACGUAAUGUGUACUGUUGUUUAUUCUACCGUUACUGGCAUGGCUAACAAUGUAGCAAGGCUAAUAGCAGGUGGCUAGCUCUAACUUUAGCUUGCAUAUUACACGGUGCUUCACCGUUAACUUGGCGUGACCGAGACCAGCACAGCGGGGAACAUGGUGAAGUGGGUUAAACUGAAACUUGUUGACUUAUUGUGUAUUUCACAAGCUGGUUUAUUUACCGUUGAGGCGGAUUACUCCUCCGUGCAUCCCUGAGCUGUCUGCUUCAGAUCCGUCACCCACAGUUAGUGGAUAAAGAUUGUCAUGAGGUCGCUGCGCCAUCUACAGGAUAAGUCGGGGAACUUUUCAAAUGGCGGAACAUUUUCGAAGUGAAACCAAAUCUCAUUCUCCGCAUUUUAUUUCUGAAAAUAUCGGCGGAAAUCAGCGAGGUAUUGGCCGAUUACCAAUUAGUCUCAAACGGGCCAAAACUGGCUGAUUUAAUCUCGCGGAUAAAUCCUAAAUGAGACAAUACGAAAAAUAUUGCGAUACUUUGCUGUAUCAAUUUUUUUUCACCCACCUCUAGUUUACAUCAUAUUUUAAAGUCCAGAUUCAGUCGAACUAAGGCAAUCAAUCUUUUCGGGUUUUUUUUUAUAACACAUAACUGUACUGACUCUUACGGAGCAAUCAGGGUUUGGUGGUAGAGUCCUUGGGCAAGACACUGAACCCCAAAUCACAGCCAGUGCUACAGUCAGCAGUGAGAACAGGAUAAAUACUGAUUGAGCAGUACAGCAGCAUCCUCUGCCAUCAGUGUGUGAACGCGGUGUGAACAGGCGAAUGCUGAUGAGCAGUGUGAAAGCACUUUGAGUGGUCGCAAAGACUAGAGAAGCACUUUAUAAGUACGAGCCCAUUUACCUUUUAGCAUUUACUCACGUAACGUGUGCAGCAGGACCAGCUGGAACAAAGAUGCCUAUGCAUCCAUCAAAGGAAAGGUGUGCAGGCUGUGGAGGCUCAGAGCAAGAAGAUCACAGCUGAAUUACAAUCAACAGGAUUCAUUUUGAGUUUGUAAUGUAGAAAAGUGUUAAAAAUUAAAGAGUUUGAUUUAUCUGAGUGUGUGCUGUAAAAGCUGAGAUGCAUGGAGGUGCGCUGUGAUUCAUUGUGCCCUAAAAUGAACAGUUCCAGUCAUGGCCAAGUUAGGAAUAGAAAAGUUACGUAACAAAUAACCUUCUUUUGGCCGGUCCAAGAGUGAUCUGGUCCAAACUCGGGUCAUCCAUUGCACCCGUACUCCCCUCUCAUCCUCUUGUUCCCAUAUUGAUGGUGGUAUUAUUGCGCUGUAUAGAUGACAUUCGUUGCAGACUCCAGUGUCUUAUUCUUUGUUUCUACUAUUGUUGAUAUCUCUCUAACUUGAACUCUGCGCCUCUGUGUCCCAUUCAGGUACGGGAGAAAGUGGCAAAAGCACCUUCAUCAAGCAGAUGAGGAUCAUUCACGGAGCCGGGUACUCAGACGAAGACAAGAGGGGCUUCAUCCGACUUGUUUACCAAAACAUCUUCACCUCCAUGCAGUCCAUGAUCCGUGCCACUGAGACCCUCAAGAUCCCCUACAAAUUUGAACAGAACCGGGUAAGGAGAGAGCUGUGGAAGCUCUGCCGGCCGGUGUUUGUGACUAAAUACAGCUGCGCUCUUUACAUGCACUGUUUAAAUAUUUGCAUCCUUUAAUACGUUGAAUGGCUGAACGUGAACUAGUUACAGUUGGUGUGAGCACAAUACAACUACAUAAUUAUAGUCUAUUAUUGUCUGCUUCAGUGGUUCUCAAUUCCAGUCCUCAGAGCCCUGCUGCUCUUUUAUUGUGAACCUCUUAAUGAGGACUGAUUUACACCUGGGAUACAAGGUGAAUGUAGUCCGCUGCUCAGUAGGACAGAAACCCAGCAGUACGCUCCAACACCCGUUUCCAGAAUUAUUGGUCUACAUUACGGAUUAACAUCAAUCAAAAUAGCAAACAGAUUAGCCUCAUAGCAAGAUCAUAGGAUUUUUGUGACUUUCUAAAUCAGAUUUAAUCCAGCAACACCAACUUUUUGCACCAUUAACUUCCUGGAGUAAUACUCUGUAAUCAUAUAAGAAGAAGGUUACAGAAGUGACCUACCGCUGUAAUUAUCCUUACAUACAUAAGAUUCUCAUGAAGGCCCGCAGGUAUGAAAGAGGAUUAGGGCCACAAGAAGAGAAAAAAUAAUUACAGGAGGGAGAUUUUUGUCAUUUCCGUUUCGAGAUUAAAGUCGAAAUUUUUAGAUUAAAGUCGUAAAUUUAAAAAAAUUAAGAUGAAGAAUUGAAAUUACGUGAACAUGGUCGAAAUUUUGACUUAAAUCCCGAUGUCAACAUUAUUCACGGCAGUUCGACAUUUUGUAAUCUCUAAAUUUCGACUUUAUCGACAUAAUUUUGACUAUUCGCGAAAUUUUAAAUCUAAUCUCGACAUUCUGACUUUAAUCUCCUUCCUGUAAUUAUUUUUUUUCUCCCCAUGUGGCCCUAAUCCUCUUUCAUACGCAGGCAAUAUUAUCAAACCAGGCACAAAGUUAUGUUGAUUGAUUUUGUGGUCAGAGGUUGAGGUCAGUUUGACGUCUGAAAGGAAAAGGAACUUUUGGCGAUAACUCAAGAAUUCAGAGGUUAAUUUUGAUCAAAUGUCCCAGGAACUGAAAAAGAAGUGAAAAAGGUUUUGACCUGCAGGCGUUAGAGGUCAAAGCGAAUGGGAAGUAUUUUAUGUUGCAUGUAGGCUGAGGCUGGCUGUUUUCAGCGCACAUUCAAAUCUGCGAUAAUAAGGCAGAUAGAAAAUGGAUACAUGAAAGUCCAACAAAGACUGAAAAAUGACUCUAAAUUAAUUAUCAUUCAGGGUUCAGGACUCAUUUUUCUAAAACCAAUCAGGUAGGGCUCAAGUUCUUCAUUUUCAUAUAGAUGAACUUUGAGAUUUCUGCUUUUUCACUCCGUUUUUCUUUCAUUUCAACUCCUCCUCCUGACAUGUUUACCACCCCGACUUCUCCUUGGAAAAAUCAGCAGUUCAGAAGCGAUGCAUUUAGUUUGUCUCGCUGAAACAUUAUCUUUGGAAUAAGUAGAAUAUGUGGGUGGUUAGGAUCAGCCACCGGGUCCAAACAGACACAUAUCUUCAAUUUCUUCAGCUGAGAUUUUUGGAAGAAGUACUUGGCGUCUAUUUCUGGUUGCCUCUGCGUCUCAAUCACUGCUCUUCAUACCUAUCCUGCUCCUCUUUAUCUCCUUUAUUGUCCUCUUUUUCUCCAGUCCAACGCCAUGCUCGUGAAGGAGGUGGACAUUGAGAAGAUCAACGGCUUCGACCAACACUACGUCGUAGCUAUCAAAAGCCUGUGGGCCGACCCCGGGAUCCAGGAGGCCUACGACCGCCGCAGAGAGUACCAGCUCUCUGACUCCACUAAAUAGUACGUCCCUCUGUGUUCCUGCGUCUUUGCGUUGUCAUACACUGCGGUGGCUGUUUGGGAUUGAAGAAAGGUAUUUUUGUGACUGGCUGUGACACAAUGUGGGAGUGCGCUUAUGUAAUUUAUGUUUAGGUAUGCCCAAUAUUCUGGUGUGGGAGGUAAAAAUAGACCGAUCCCUGAUGGUUGCAUCGAAUCUCUCGCUGUUUUCAUUAAAGAUCUUUUAUUCAGGAGAUGUUUGCCUCCAUGGAUGCUGUUGUGUUUGCCGCGGCUCCAUUAAGGCUCAUGUGCCUUCCAGGGAACAGUUCUCAGAGUCGUUUGGGUGUGUGUGGAUGUGUGUUUUGCGGUAACCUUCCGUUUACAUUCUGUUCGAGAUCACCUGGUCGGUUUUGAAAUGUUUACCGGGGCAGGGCAACAGCACGGCACGUGAGACCGCAGACAAAAUUUCCAAAUCGACUCACGUGUUUCACAACUCUCGGAGGAUCUAGAAGCGUCAGGUAGAGGAUGAAGGAAUGAAGGAACGCUCUUCUGAUUGUGGACUAUGUUUAAGAGGGAUAAUGUGAGUCAUUAAAGGGAAAGGAUGCGUUCUCAACCAACUCUAACAGAGAUCAGAAUAGUGGCUGUUAUCCGGGCUUUGUGUUUAAAGUGCUUCUAUCUAUUAAAAACCGCAACAUUAGAAAGAUUACACGAUAAAAGGUCGGCUUAAGUCUGUACCUCCCAUUACUUUACCACCCCUCUCUUUCACACAUGUAAAUAACCACCAGGAGUGGAGCACAUCUCUAUUAUUAAUGUCUGGUUGUCAGCAGCAAGGCACCUUCCUAACCGCAGUUUAAAGACAAACACCUUGUACUCACGUGUGUUAUCAGUCUACUUUGUGGUUGUGUGUUUGCCACAAUUACAGUGUACUUCUAUGUAAACCCUCUGGCUUAACAGCUACAGGCGCUUGACUCACUUUCUAGUGCCCCCUGGUUGUCAAAUUGCUGUACUACAAUGCCAUACUGCUGUAAGUCGUAUGUGUGUGUUUGCAUGUGUGUGAAUGAUUAAGACUGUUGAUUGUGUAUCUUCCAGCAUUAUCCACUCUGCUGUAAUGUAUAUCUCCAGUUACCUUACCGAUUUAGAGCGCGUGACAGCAGAGACAUACGUUCCCACCCAGCAGGAUGUGCUGAGGGUCCGUGUUCCCACCACGGGUAUAAUAGAGUACCCGUUUGACCUGGAGAACGUCAUCUUCAGGUACCCCCCCAUGGUGCCAGGACGGCAGCAUCACCAUAGUUAGAGGGACGGAAACCACUGACGACUCUUAAUAAGACGCUCACAAAUUAAAAGAUGAAGAAAAAUCACACACACGAGAAGGUCGUGUUUGAGCGAAAACGCCUCCAGGGCCUCGUGGGCGAACUCGAUUUAAGAUGUCAGUGGUUUUCGUUCAGAGUUGAGCUGAGGUUCUGGCUCCUAGAGGCCAGACAUGCUGCACUUGAAGCAUGUGGGGAGCAGCCACCAAACACCAGACGAAGAACGGAUUAGACGGUGAUGUCAGAGAUUCUCCAGGAAGCCGUUACACAACCGGCAAAGGCGACUGGGCAACACAAAUGAAUCACAAGUCCAAAAGUGUAUAAAACCUCAUUAAAGAGCGGUAAAUAAACAGUAGGGAUGGUGUUUCCUGGUAUCUUUGACAUCACACGCGCUCUAACCUUCUUCCGCUGAGCCCUGGUGCUGCUGAAGUCACUACCGCUGCCGUCACUGGUUUCCUCCUCACUGUCUAUGGAAAAAUCCACACCGCUUGACUUACCUGCGAAUCAAUGCGAUUGAGAAGAGUCAAGUCAGAGCACCCUGCUGGAUUCAUAGACAGUGUCGGCGUGGACCAGUGACAUUAUAACACUCUUUUGUUUCUGAGAUGUGGCUUUUUAUUUCCCCCUGUGAAGCCUUCCUCAACAGGACUCAUCCACACUUCCUGGAAUGGUACAAGGGAGGGUUGCAGUAAUUGCCUGUCACGCUUUAUAUAACUGUUUUUCUGUCUUCUCUCUCCUUAUCUCUCUUUCCCCCCUCUCCACCGAUCCUGCCUGUAGUUAUCUUUCCGAUCUGGAUCGUAUUGCAGAUCCCAGCUAUCUUCCCACUCAGCAGGAUGUGCUCAGGGUGCGCAUCCCCACUACAGGAAUCAUAGAGUAUCCAUUCGACUUGCAGAGCAUCAUUUUCAGGUAGAAAGAUGCCUCUCGUUGUGGAUCAGUCCCUCCUUGUUCUGUUAUGACAUCAUUAACCCAUGUGUCAUCUAAUGUGUUUUUUUUUUUCCUCCCAAAUUUCUACAUAACCCAUGUUCAGUGACCCCCGACGUUAAUUUAAAACCUUUAUAACCCACUACUUUUACUUUAUCUUCCUUUUUUGAAGUGUCUUUAUUUCAUUCUACCUUCAAAUCCUCAAAAUAAAAGUCCGUUCUCACACUUUCCUGUACCUCCUGCCACCAACAGGACCACCACAAAACAAAACACAACCCCCCUAGUAAAUACAAAGUCCUACAUUCUGGUGCCCGGUCUCUGUAAAUGGGUCACCUCCUCUCUUCCUCCUCCUCUCCUCCUUUCCUCUCCGGCUGGCAGAAGAAACGAGGUCGUCCUCUCCGCGGUGGAGAAAUGUUAUUUUUGGGCAGCAGGUCCUGCAGGGCCUAUAUUGGCCCCGGGUCUCUGUGGACCUCAGCAGACCAGGCCACCACUAGAGGGCAGCCUUGCUUUGUGAACCGAAGGAAGGAAGUUUGUGCAGCUCUCGCGUAGACCCUGUCACACCCUGGUCUGACAGCUCGCACCCCUUGAGCCCAGAGGUGAAAACGAGCGCCCGCAGACGGGUGUGUAGCUGCCGAACUGGACUCAGUUCAAAAGGUCUUAAGUGGAUCUUAACAGACCGGUCCUCACAAAUGAAGGCUUAAUGAAACUGGGACCUGAACUCCCUCAUGAGUGAAAGGUGACUUUGUCAAGGAGAAGCUGAAACAGUGCGAGGAAUCACAGCCACGGCUCCAAGUCCAAGUUUCGAUUAGCUUUUACAAACAUGCGUGUCACACUUCUUCAGCUUGUAGCUCCUCCUCAAGCGACGUACGAGGAGUCCUCCGACCCUGAGAAGGAUCCCAUCAGAGGUGCCCUCUGUUUCAUUCAGCCUCCUGUCCUCUGUAAUCCCCUCUGUGUCUUCUGUUCGUGCAACAACGGCCCCCCGUACAGCCCCCAUCUGUCUCCAUGUUCUCCCCCCCAUUCACUCAUUCCUGUUCUCCGGCACUCAUCCACAGUUGUUUGUGUGGGGUGCUUUAUCACACACACACACUGAGGAGGGUUAGAAAAGCUGCCCAGUGUAGAAACGAAGGCGUGAUGGUCCUCCACUUUCACUGUAUCUCAAACAAAAGAACAGACCGAUCUAGCAUCAGACGGGACGUUUCCCCCUCUUAAAGAAUGACGCUCUGUUUAAGGGUUUCGAUCAUUCGCAGCUCUAAUUCGUCAAAAAGCAGAAAUCCUAAACUGAGUGGCAUUUUUUUAAGACAGCUGGUCCUAGAUCUGUCUUUGACGGGGAAGCUUUGGAUAUGUGGUGGCAUGCAUGACUCACUUUUACUUGCAAGGACAUCGGGGUGUUCACACUGCACUUCAGAUUCCUGUCGAUUAGAUAAACUUCAGCAUGUUUCCUUUUGGAAAAACUUCAAACUUUAAGGCAAGUAUUUCUGAAGGUGUUGAAUCCAGCAGGUGUUUUCUCUUUUUUUUCUUCCUUAAAGAUGAGUUAUAUAAAUGCUGUAUAACGCAUGAGUGGCCUCCUGUUAUCCACUCGAUCAGAGCCUCUAUCUUGAUUUGAGUCAUGUGAUGAUAAGACGCCUUGCAUUUCAGCUCCUCCUGAUUCUCACUCACUAUACUGAACACCAUUUUUUAUGUAGAGUUUCCCACCGAUAGAGGAAUCUUGUUGGAUUCAAAACCUUCUAAAUAAGGCCUUCAAACAGUUAUGGGUAUAGAAAAUGUUUGUAAACAGAAUAAAUCACUGAACCAGACGGAUGUACUCAUGUUUUUUCCUCUCCCGUCUCUCGGCUCCUUCCUCGUCCCCUUCAUCCUGCCAUCAGAAUGGUGGAUGUAGGAGGUCAGAGGUCAGAAAGGAGGAAGUGGAUCCACUGCUUCGAGAAUGUCACCUCCAUCAUGUUCCUGGUGGCACUGAGCGAGUACGACCAGGUCCUGGUAGAGUCAGACAACGAGGUAGGUGGAGGUGAAAACAGAUGUACUGGUUAAGCUUUAGAUGAUGACUCCUCUCACACUCGGUGCUCUCCACACUCUCUCUGCACCAGAACCGCAUGGAGGAGAGUAAAGCUCUGUUCAGGACUAUCAUCACCUACCCCUGGUUCCAAAACUCCUCGGUCAUCCUCUUCCUGAACAAGAAGGACCUGCUAGAGGAGAAGAUCUCCUACUCUCACCUGGUGGACUACUUCCCAGAGUUUGAUGGUGAGCACAUCAAGCGUGUCCAUUAGGGCUGCACCUAACGAUUAUUUGGGGACACAUUCAUUUAUACAUCAUAUCCAACACAAAUUGAAGAAUGUGACAUCUGUACAGAGUAAGACAAGCAUUUUCAGUUUGUUAAAUUUGUAUGAGAUUUCCAGGGUUCCCGAUAUCUCUCAAACUUGCAUAUCUCAGUGAAAAUGUCUAACGCUCCCUAAUAUAAAUCUCCUCUAUGAUCUCUGUCCAUUCCCAAAUAGAUGGUGGGUCCUUCCUGAGCCAUUUUUUUAGGUUGUUGCUUUUUUGCAACCAGACCAAGUACCUGUCUGGUUUUCUCGUGGUUCUUGGUAAAUUCCCCAAGUAAAUAAGACUGAAAGAGCGCUCUUUAUCUCAACCUAGGAUUGGAGUGAUUUCCCCAGAAUGGUGAAAGUGCAGGACACUCCCAAAAAAUGUGGAAAUGUCCAGCAGAUAUAUUGCCACACAUCCUCCAACAAUGACCGAACUUGGGCCUGUUAGUCUGAGAAAAUUUAAGGAUUUUAAGUGCGCCUUAUAGUCCGAAAAAUACGGUAAUUGUAUUUAAGUAAGUUUGAAAAUUGGUUGAAGUUCGAUCUGAGAUGUUCCGAUUAGAGCAUGACACGGGAGCGGAUUUUCACUCCUGUCCCGUACCACUCCCAGAGAAAAAAAAUCCCAUCCCGUCCCAAUCCUGGACCGAAGUAAAAAAAAAUUAAUCCUGUCCUGUCCCAGUCCCGUAGAAUAACUCCCACUCCCAUCCCGCUCCCGUUUGAAUAAAACCAAACAUGUUGAAAAAACGUAUUUUUUUAUUUUAGGUAAAAGUGGCAGCGGAGUCAGAGCGGCAGUCGCUCCCGGCGACACCGGCAGUCGCUCCGAGUCGCUUUUCACUUCCGUUGGUGACAGGAAGUCAAACAACUGUUGUAGUUCUUUUAUGUUGCUAGUGCGGUCAAGAGUGUUGGCUCUCACUGAGAGAGGACUACAAAAAUGGACGCAUCUGUUCAUCUGGUUGUUAAACACGGCUGAUAAAGAUCAUCUGUUCCCGCUCCCGUUGCUUUUUUUCCUGUCCCGUCCUGAUCACGGGAUUAAUUGAAAAAUGACUCCCAUCCCGUGGGAUUCCCGCGGGAAUCAUGUGACCCACGGGAAUUCCUGAAAAAUGUCAUCCUCUAGUCCAGAUGUGAUUUCCUCCUGUUUUUGAUCAAAGUUUAGAUUAAAGUAAGCACUGUACCUUUAAGAAACCUUUUUUGAAGGUUUUGGAGCAAAAGAACACGGGUAUGAGUACAAAUGAAGCUCCAUACUGACAGCACAGACUCGACUCUCAUCAUCUUUGUCGACUCCAUAUCUUCAGACAUUUUUUUUUUAUGACCAGAUCAACUGUGUGUGUGUUUCAGGUCCUCAGAGAGAUGCACAGGCAGCGCGGGAGUUCAUCCUCAAGAUGUUUGUGGACUUAAACCCCGAUAGCGACAAGAUCAUCUACUCUCACUUCACUUGUGCCACAGACACUGAGAACAUCCGCUUUGUGUUUGCAGCUGUCAAAGACACCAUCCUACAGCUCAACCUCAAAGAAUACAACCUGGUGUGAGGGCUCACGUACGACGCACGUCUCCUCCCCCCAUUGCACAAAUGCCCACCUCCUCUAGGAGUGUGCGCUCAACUCCACAUGCAUUACACAGCACACCAUGACGGCUCACACACACACAAACACACACACACGCACACACACACACCUCCCGACGGAGCCCCUCCUUCUCCCUCUUCCCCUCUCUCUGUACACUACAUUCACCAACCCCUCCCACCCGCAAACGCCGCCCCUCAUCUUUCACCAAAGCUCGCCCUCUUCCUCCUUCGCUCGGCAGCUUGUUGUGUCAGAGUCCUCGCUCCCCCCCAAAGCUGCUCCGUCAGUCAGAUUUGGCUCCGGCUGCCGCUGGCUCUGGCACAUUUCAUCUGGCACACAAACCUUUCACACGGGCUGUAUGGUGACUUAAGGGGACUUUGGUGUUUGUGUGUAUGUGUGCGUGCGUGUGUGUGUGUGUGUAUGUAUGUGUGUGUUCGGGGCAGCAUUGACUGGCAAGGAGCUGCGUUUUGGUGACUUGUGGCAUCAAACCCCCCUGUGGCCCCUCUGGAGUUGACCCUCAGCGUCGUCGUCCGUGUGGAAGGAUGUGGAUUUCGUACCUCCUGAAGCCAACUGUGGACCAGCGAGUGGCAUCACGCUUCAAAAAGGACUCAGUGACAGGAAGUGAGGUCGCACACUGGACACAAGGGGGGCGGCGGGGCCGAGGAUUCUGUCUCUACCUUGCAUCUAUGAAUGUACCCACCAGUGUGAGCAUCGCAAUCGCAAAAAAUCAAAUAUAUAUUAUGAAGUAACUGCAUAUGUAAACACACUUAAGACAAAAAGCACGAGAGGGCAAGACAUAGCUAAUCAAAAUCUGUUAAUUGCUGAGAUUUUUUAAAUGUUUUUAACGAUAGAAAUUUGUUGCUACGUCUACUUCUAUUUAACAAAUAAUGGGUAACAGGAGCGGUGAUAAGAAGCGGUGAGAAAUCUAUAAAAACUUUUAAAACUUUGACAAACAAAGGCGUCUGAAAAGAAGAAAACUUACUUGACAUAAGUAUCCUUUAACGACUUUUUGUGGGACUUCAGUGUUUUUCCGUCGAUCACACGGCUUCCCUCCUCCAUGUGUUUUCUGUAUGGAUUCACAGGGACAGCAUCUGGCUCCACCAACACACCCCGGCCUCCUCCGACAGAGGAGAAGAGCUCCUGGCUCGACUCCGAUUGGUGGAAUCAGAUGUGGAGGGGGGGGUGGCGUGUGUGAUGCCAUCAGUGUUUAACAGCACUGCAGAGCACAUCUGCAGCUCAGGCUGCGAGUAGCUUCUUUCAACAAAGUAAAAGCUGUAAAUUAAACACACCCACACAUCCUGCGAUGUGAGCGGAAUCCACGCGGUAACCAUCCCUGCUAUAACGUCACACCUGCGUCACCCAGCCGUCCAAUCAGACACACUUCCUGAUGGCGACAUCACAUCAGGAUGUGCUUCUGUUUACUUUUUUUUUACUGUAUAGUCACUUUGUUUAUAUAGAGAUUGCUUGCUGUUGAGUGGUGAGAGGGAGGGGUGGGCGGGGCUAAGAACCUUUCACUGAAAGCGCACUCUGAAGUCUGCAAACGUUUGUGUAUAUUUGUUUGUAAAUACAUAUACACAAAACACUCCUGUACAAAAACGCUCUGUGGUACACCAUCUUUGGCAAAAAACAAACAAACGAAAAAAAUCUUCAAAAAAAAAUCAACUUCUUUCAUUAGCAUACAGUUUUUCCUAUGAAUUUAUGGUAGUAGUGAUACUGUGAUUAUGGAUUUUGUUCACUUGAUUAAUAGGAUGGCGCAGAGCUGAGUGGUGUCGGGGAAACGAUAAGUAAAAAAACGCAAAAGUCCGAGAAAAGAGGUUCCUCCCAACCGGCCUCUCGACUCCACACUACUGCAACAGCUCUGGCUCCUGAGUAUACUAACUAGGGCUGGUAAAAAUCUUCACAGUAUGGUGACAAGAUGAUUUUAAGAGUAAUUAAAGAUUUUUUUAUUUAUCUAAUUUAUGGACCAGGUUUGAAGGUGUUGAUAAUUUGACUGCUUUUGAUUCUGUCAUGUUGAAGUGCUCCUUUUCUCAUGGCGGAGCGUACUUGAGUCUGAACUGCUGUAAAAAAAAUAACGAAUGUCUGGUAUAGUAAGGACUUUUAUCUCUGCUUUCUAUUUCUUAUUGAGACAUUUCCAGUUGUACUUCGCCAUCACAUCUCCAUCCAUGAUAAUACUGUUUGGUUUUUUCUUUAGGAGCCCUCACAUUUGUUCUGUUUGAUUUUUUUUUUUUCAUUUGAUUAAAAAAGACCUUGUAUUUCCUCUUGGUUAAUAGACGCAGCGCUGUAACGCAUACCUAGAAAAAUGUACAUUACGAACGUAGGUGGACUUUUUUUAUCAGUGAUUGAAGACCCAUGGGGGUCCAUGCUUGCUAUUUGUAAUUUAACACAGAAAUUCUGUUGCCGUUUUUUUUCUCUGCAUUGUUAAUUUCCAGUUUUCUGAAGCUUGCUUUGAUAGUGCCAGUGAAGUGCAGAUAUACUUUUUUGGUCUUUGACCUUUUCUACAGUGACUUAUCCUUCAUCGUCAUUAAGGGCUAUCACAGUGCAUCAGGCAUCAGACAGCGGGGAGUGGAGUACAGGACCACAGUGAACCAAGUCAUCCACUACUUAUCCUUGUUCAUAAAUGGAGAUUACUUGCAGUAUGUGCUAUAACAAGUAUAGGCAGGGUGUUCAUGUAAACAUAAGGUGUGUGUGUAUAGAGAGUUUACCGACACUAAGCAGUUUUCUUUCUGUGUUUCUAUAAGUAUCUGGCCCUUUGGUGAAUUUAAUGUACCCAGUGUCUGGCUCUCAGGCCUCCCCAGCUUUUGUGGGUAUCAGAGUGUACCCUGUAGUACCUCAUUCAGUAUAUUUAAAAACACUUCACGUAAAACAAACACUACUACCAGGACAAGUAUUGCACGUUUUCCUUAGUAUUUGAAGUCCAGCCGAAAGCCAAGUAAAGACCGCGCUCGCUCGUAGUUUUGAAUAUUUUAACCCAUUAACUUUUUAACCAUUUUCCUAAUUUAUCACUUCUCUGUGGCAGCUGUUAGUUUCCACUAUCCAAGUAAAAUCUGACAUAUAACUUGCUGCAAAUUCAAUCUGAUUGUAUGAGGUAAUUUUUUUAAUUUUAUAGACACAACUAUCAGUCAGGUUGCUUCAAAAUUCUCCUUUCAGAGCAGUUCCUGGGAUUGCACUCUGAAAUUAUUGAAUCAAACUUAAAAGGUUUACCAAUAUUAUGUCGAGGGCAGUGUAAAAAUGUUUAUUUUCUGUAUGACUUGGAUUAGAUAAGAUCAGCUUUGGCCUUGUCAAAUAAGUUUAAUUCAACCAUAACACUUGCGAAGAAGCUUUAAUGUGGAUCAGAGAUGUCAUACUUGUACAUAGUUGAUAUCAACACCAAUAAACAGGCUGCCAACACUACCCAAGUAAUCAUUUGAAAAUGGUAACACUAUCAAAGUUAAUGGGGCUAAAAUAUUGAUUUUGGCCAUAACUGCCAUUUUUGUCUGCAGGAAAUGACACUAACCUUAAAUAAAAAAGCAGACAGCCAACCGUUAGAGGACCUGGAUGCUAGUUUGAAAGUGGAACCGGUGUGAGUACCCAAGUAUUAACGAGCAGUGUUGUUACUGUGUGUUGAGUGCAGCUCACUAAGUGGUUACAAACCAUGUCGUAUUAGUAGACUUGACACUACAACUCUGGCACAUGGUAAAGGGCUGACUGGCUGUUAGUUUGGGUUUGGUAGUGUGUUAGCAGCCCCGGUGUUGCACAGUGUGUUUGAGUUUGACGCAUUUUAUCUCGACACUAAAACAUGAGUUGGAGGCAGACUCUGAAACUCAUGACCGAUUUUUAACAAUGACCAGUGAAGAGAGACUGGAUUCGUUUUUCACUACGACACUCUUAUUUGCACGCUUAUUAUUAUUUUUUGGACACUAUAAAUCUCAAGAGAGUUGAGGCAGACCGUGUGAACGUACUUUGUGGCCGUUUCCAGCGACGAAGAGUGCAUUGGGAUGGGGAUUGGUAUUUCACUAACACACUUAUUUAUUGCCUUUCAAUGCCUUGAAUAGAAAGCAAUGGUGUUGCUGGCCGGUUAUGAAGGUCUUCGAGCUUGCUCUGUGGCCUUUUUGGUGGCCGUAGUCGUGUGAUGUCACUUCCUGUGGGCUUGUAGAUUGAAUAAGUGGAAUCAAACUUAUCUCUCUGGCAUCAGCGGGGAGUUGUUGCAUAUUCAAAACUUAAAUCUUUCCCCCUUUUUUGUGUUUUUUUUUUCAUUUCCUCUUUGAUAACAUUACCAGAACACUGUUUUUUUUUUCUUUUCUUUUGUUUUUUAUAGGACCACUUGAUUUAUUUUCCUCACUCCAAUGAAACCUGAAGGUCAAUUGUGUAGUGGUGUAUAAAUGCUGUUUUUUUUCUCUCUCUUUUUCUUUCUUUUGUAUGUAAACCAAAUGUAAAUUAUGUAUUAUAUUGAGUGUGCCAACCCCACUCUCUCUAGAGCCAGGCUCUCUCUCUCUCUCUCUUAAGUGCCAACGCUGUGGUCAUCAUCACAGGACCACCACCUGAGAUGGUCCCCCCCCCCCUCCUCCCACUUUUUAAGUAAAACACACCGGAGACUAAAAGGAUAGACGAGUAAGUUCACACAAAGACUUUAUUCUGUAUUUAAGAUUGAAGAUUUAAAAGAUAAUCUGCUGUUUUUUAAGAAACUGUAAUUAUAAUUGCAUGUGCUGUUUAUUUUGUGUUGGAAGUGAGGGCUUUGAUGUUUUCAUUGAAGCAGAGCCCUCGAUGUAGGGGGUUUCGAUCAGUUGGUUAUUAUCGAUUAUUGAUUUACAUAACUCUUGCCAUAUUUUUUUAUGUGUUUCAUGUAUUUGUUUCAACCACUGUUGCCUGAUCCUCAUUCAAACAUGAACAUGACUUAUGAUCAUUGCCGCCUUCUAAGAGAGAAACAUAAUGACAAGGUAUCUGUUUUAAAUUGAAAUAAAUUUGUUCCUAUACUUGCUCAUGGU